UACAGCGUGUAAGGUGGACGGCCUUCGUGAAGUCCACCGAUCCGGGAGCCGAAACGGAAACGCCCAAGAGCCGGACGGCCCGGACCGCGGUUUUUCUCCCGGCCAUUUCGAACGUCACCUCUUGAACUGUACCACCACCGAUCGAGAUGCAGCAGAAGGUGAAAUACGUUUGGACGCUGACUCCGGGCAGCUUCUAACCAAAGUUGCAUCCAUCGCUUGUGAGAUCGAGGCGUCUUUGUUUUUGGAACGUUCUCCAGAGAAGCACUCCUCAAAACAUCAUGAACCCGUUAGUGCACAAAAGCCAUCUGCAAGCACGCCGUCUAAGCAAAAGCGCACCUCUAAAUUAGCGAAAACGCGCUAUCGUGUUUGGAGAAAGCGCGCUGGGCUUUCUGUCCCCUGGCCAUCGGCCGAGACUUUUCCGACGAACGAGGGCUCCUCCACGGCUGCUUUCCAGCCGUCAAUAGAAGACUUCCCGCGUCAGCAGGAGUCGGCGAAACCUCGGGCACUAGGGUUAACAGCAUCUCCGGCAGUUACAGGUCCACUGGGAGGGCCGGAGUCGUUCCGUGAACUCCAGGCUCUCCUGGCAGCGCCUGUCUCAGUGGAGCCGCUUCCUCGCGAAUCGCACGCGUAUUUCCCCGUACCGCAGUCGUUGGCGUCACCGUCAGCACCAUUGAAGGCUCCGAAGCACGCCGAUAAGGCAAAGAAGCGCGAUUCAAAGAAAGCUGCUGAUUACGACGCUAAGAAAGACAAGCGUCAAGGCAAGCUAGAGGAGAUACACAUCAAAAUCAAAGAGUGGAAGAGGUCACACCCAAAGAAGCAACCACAAGCCGAGAACAACGCCAUAAACCCAUCUGUGAAAACCAGUGACUCUAAGGAGCGGGAGUCGUCUGCGCAACUGACGACAUUCUUGUCCCGUGCGCUGAAUCUGCGUGUGCCAGAAAUGGGCAGCUCUAUGCGCCAGUUGUACAUCAUCCUAUGGAAAGAUGUCUACAUCAACCAAAUCAGACGUCACGUGGUGUGGACCUUGCUCGAGGUUGCAUUCACCGUCAUCGCCAUGUACGGCAUCGGCAAGGACAGCCUGGAGCUGAGCUUCGGGGACCCCGUGGGAUUGACGCUUUACGGACGCACCCAGCCGCUCCAGCUUUGGGAGCACACGGCCACCAAGAUUCUCUACACGCCGAACGUGGAACUGCUCGCCAAGGUGAUACGCAAGGUUCGCGAAGACCUGUCCAUCCCGUCAGCCGAGGCGGUGACGACGGCGGGCGAACUAGACGAUCGCCUGAAGAGCGGCCACGAUCCCUACGGCUCCGUAGUGGGCGUCGUUUUCGAAGAGGACCUUAGCGACGUGCACAACCUGCCGGACCAGAUUCGGUACCGCGUCCGCAUGCAUGGCGUCAAGUUCGACAUACAAGUGCGAUAUUGGAAAGAACUGGAGAAACCCGGUCCGCUGAGCGUGCUCUCCACGGGCGAGAUGAACGCCUUACUGCCCCUGCAGUACUCUCUGGAGCGCCACAUGCUGCACCAAAUUUUGGUGGCCAUGUUCGGCGAGGCAACGGCUGAGCCGGCCCAAUUGCAGCUGCAACGCUUUCCUUACCCAGCCUUCUUUCACGAGGGCUUCAACAGCACCUACAGCCGCUUGGUGUUCCACUUCGGCAUCGGUUUCCUGCUCCCAUUCGCCUCGGUCGUCGCCAAGAUCACUGCUGAGAAGUGCUCCGGAAUGCGGGAGCUGCUGAGCAUUGCCGGCACUAGUGAGCUCGUCUACUGGGGCAGCCACUUCCUGAGCGCGUCGUUCACCACACUACUGCUCAGCUGCGUCUGCAUGCUCUUUCUCUUUGUGUUCGGCUCGGAGCCAGCGCUCAGCUACUCGGACCCGCUGCUCAUCUUCGUGGUGCUCAUCGCCUUCAACAGCCUCACCAUUCUGCACGCCAUGUUCGUCUCGGUCCUGCUCACCAGCAGCCGACUUUCGAUCAUCUUCUCGAUGAUAUACUGGAUCUGCAGCAUCGCCUUUCCGUACCUGAUGCUGCAGAACCCACUCGGCCGUGGCUACUACCUGCGUAGCCGCGCCUCCAAGAUAAUUACAUCAAUGUCACCCGGCAUGGGCUUGCACUGGGCCUUCAUGGUCAUCGAGCGCUUCGAGAGAUUCCGUGGUGGUGUAAACUGGAGCAACAUGGAUGACGCGGCGUCUACGCUGGACAACGUGAGCCUGUCGCACCUGCUGAUGGUGAACGUGUGCACAUGCUUCCUGAUGGUGUUCCUCAUAUGGUACAUGGACAACAUCAUACCCUGGGGUCCGGGCAUCCACAAGCCACCUUGGUUUCCUUUCCUGAAGAGCUACUGGAUUCCUCAGCCCACGAAGAAUGUCAAGGGCCGGCUAAACGCGGACCCAACAUUGUUCGAGUCAGACCCACAAGAUCUCACUCCUGCCAUACAAGUCACCAGUCUUAAGAAGUUCUAUCGCAACUUUCUGUUGCAACACAUCAACCUGAAAAUCUUCCGCCACCAGAUCACCGUGCUUCUCGGUCCAGGUGGCUCCGGUAAAUCAACUAUGAUCAAGAUGGUGACAGGCUUAGUGCAUCCAUCGAGUGGCCAGAUAAUUGUGGACAACUACGACGUGGUGCUGCACACGGAGGAGGCCCGGGAGCGCAUCGCGUACUGCCCCGCCGACAACGUGCUCUUCGACGAGCUUACCGUCGAGGAACACCUGCUCUUUUUUGCCAUGCUGAAGGGACUGGCCAUGAGCAAGAUUCGAUCGGAGAUCAACCUGCUGCUCACGGACAUCCAGAUGUCCUCGUACAUGAGCUACCGACCCUCGACCUUGUCGGACGGAAUGAAGCGACUGCUGUGCGUUGCCAUUGCUCUCCUGGUUGCGUCUAAGUGCAAGAUCAUGGUCUUCGACGAGCCGACGUGCACCAUGGACCCGCGCAGCCAGCGCGAAGUGUGGGAACUGCUGCUCAAGGCGAGGCGCCACUGCUGCAUCCUGCUGACCACGCAGAACCUGCACGAGGCCGACGUGCUGGCCGACAAGAUCGCGAUCAUGAACAAGGGGCUGCUGUGGUGCUGCGGCUCGCCGGACUUCCUGCGGGAGCGCUUCCGCGCCGGUUACAGCAUCCGCAUCGCGAAGGAACCCGGGUGCGACGCGGCCGCCAUCGGGGCGCUGUUUAGGCGCCACAUCCCGCACGCGGUCCUCAAGCAGGACUCAAACUUCGAGGUCCAGUACGCGGUCGGGAUCAACCCGGGCAGCCGACGCCUGACGGCCAUGUUCAAGGAACUGGACCGCGAGCGGGACAACCUCAAGAUAGGCGCAAUGAGCGUCGCAAUGUCGUCGCUCGAGGAGGUUUUGGACAAGGUUACCCACGACCCGAGCUUUCACACGGGCGUCGAUACUGAAUCUCCGCGUCUGAGCGACCACGCCUGCGUGUACAAGCCCCUCGGUGCUCCUGGCAGGAGGACGUGCCCGCGACAGCUGGCAUGGCUACUCAAGAAGCGCUUCUACAUCUGGCUCCGGGACUGGCACCCACCCGUUGUCCGUUGGGUGGUUCCCGUGUGCGUGCUUCUGAUGGCGACCUAUUUGCAACACCUGUUCACCGAGGAUGACAUCGUGUCGGCCGACUUCUACAAGGACCGUCUGUUAUAUUCCAUCCGGCCUCUGCACGUUCCGGCGCUGGGCUUCAUCACCUCCAAUAGUAGCACCGACCCCGUGGUACGCCACCUCGUGAAAAUUUUCGCCGAAGAGGAAAUCCAUCUUGUCGACGUCGGCGCCGAGCGCACCAACACGCACCUCCUAGAGUACGCCGUCGAAUACCCGAGGACUUACAGCUACCGUUUGCUCGUUGGCACCGUCCUCAUAGAAAACGCUACGCCCGUGCUGUGGUUCAACGGCCAGUGCCCGCACGCAGCGCCGCUCAUCGUCAGCCUGUACCACUCGGCGCUCCUGCGCAACAUCACGCGCAGGCCGACGGCGCGCUUCCUCCUCUACAACCACCCGUACGGCAACGAGACGGCCGCUGAGCGCCAAGGCAGCGGCGACAAUGGUGACAGCGAGAAGAAGGAUUUGCAGGUACUGCUGAAGAGCAAGAUUUUCUUCGCUGGCCUACCACUCAGCGCCGACACGCUCCUCGUCGAAGUGCUCAUGGGCACAUUCACGCCACUGGCGCUGUGCUUCCACGCGGCCAGCUUCGUGGUGUACCCCGUCGCCGAACGCUGCUCCAAGUUCAAGCACCUGCAGAUGAUGACGGGAGUGUCCGGCGCCGUCUACUGGCUCAGCAACUUCAUCUUUGACACCCUGCUUGCCGCCUGCUGUGCCGUGAUCUUCGUGCCCACCAUCUGUUUCAGCCACAGAUACUUCCAGAAAGCCGAAUACAUAGCUAUGCUGGCUCUACUCUUCGUGGCACACGGCCUCUCCAUGGUGCCUUUCUGCUACGUGGCGUCCACCCUAUUCCGCGACAGCUCGUUCGCCCUCUCCAUCAUGGUCAUGUUCCUCUUCUUUAUCGGGCUGCUGGGUGCCCUGGAGACGGUCAUCGUCCACUUCACGCACACCGUGGCCGAGUCGCGACUGCUCUCGUUGGUGCCGCAGGCGCUGGACAUCCUGCUUCGCAGCGUGCCAACAUUCACGCUCACGCGCGGCAUAUCGCAGCUGCAGCGCCUGCAGCACGAGAACCAAAUCUGCCAGGCCACCGAAGAGAUCCUCGCCACCGCCUGCAAGAGCAUCGAGCUCGAACACACCAUCUCGCUCAAGUACUGCUGCAGCGCGCUACCAUCCCGCAACGUAAACGACACCACCGAGCGCACCCGCCCAGCCAUGGUGGAGCCGUACGAGCUGUCGAGUGCCGUAAUGAUCGACGUGUACGUUAUGCUGGUCGAGGCCGUCGUGCUACUAGCUAUUGUGGUGGCCAUGGACGCCACCGCGUACGUCAGGAUCCGCAGGAAGUUACGCGGGACGUUCCAGAGGAGCCAUAGCAGGGGCUCGUUCUCAGAGUGCCAGGAGGGCCCACGGCUGGCGACGUCACCGCUCGACUCGGGUGUCGCCCACGAGGCCGAGGUUGUUGAGAAGUUGCGCUCGGGACCCAUUCCACCAGAGUUUGCACUCGUCGUGAGCAAACUCACCAAGUCCUUCGGCCUUUGCCAUGGCGUCAACAAUGUGAGCUUCACCCUCAAGACCGGCCAGUGCCUUGGCAUCAUCGGCGUUACCGGAGCGGGGAAGACGGAGCUGAUGCAGCUGCUGACCGGCCUCUCCGAGAGCUCGUCGGGCGAUGUCUACCUGGGGUCGUUGUCGCUGUCACGCACACCAAGGGUGUACGCCUCCAAGAUCGGCUACUGCCCUGACACGCUUGGCCUGCCCGACCACCUCACCGGCCGAGAGAUAAUCGAGCUCUUCUGCGUGCUUCGGGGCUUCCGGCUAAACGACACGGCGGAGAUAGUGAUGAACCUGCUGCGCAUCAUGGAGCUGACCUCCGUGGCCAACGACAUCACCAGCAGCUACACACCCGGUGACAAGCGUAAGCUCUGCAUAGCGCUGGCGAUCGCGGGCCUGCCCAGCGUCGUUCUGUUGGACGAGCCGAGCACUGGUGUGGAUGUCGCUGCGAAGGCGCAGAUACGGCGUAGUCUCAGCAUCGUCCGCCAGAUGACAGACUGCGCCAUACUGCUCACCUCGAACAGCAUGCAGCAGUGCGAGGUACUGUGUGACCGCAUCGCCAUCAUGCUUUCGGGCCAGCUGGAGUGCAUCGGCACUGUGGACGAGCUGAAGAGCAAGUUCGGCCGUGGCUACACAAUCACCAUCAAACUGCGCCAGGACACCUUCGAGGACUCCUCGUACCGAGAAGACCUGACGCAGGACAUGAAGGCCGACUUCCACAGCUGCCAGCUCGACCACUCCUUCCAGGGCGUGCUGGAAUACCGGAUCGCCACAACGUACACCACCUGGAGCGAGAUGUUUUCCAAGAUGGCGGUCAUACAGAAGAAAUACCGCUUCAAGGAGUUCUACGUGUGCGACACCACCUUGGAGCAGAUCUUCGUCAGCUACGCCCGCAAGCAGAUCAAUUUUACCAAGGCCCUCGCCUCGACCUCCUGAUUGUCGGGCGAGCUUGACGGCACUAGUUAACCUCCUUGGCCAGUGGCGUAUUGUGCUGCGCUCUGUGUUGCAUUUGGUUGCCAAUUCGACCAGCAUAUGGACCACUGUACGUUGCUGUACAUACGCUGUACAUAUGCUGUGUAUAAUAUGUAACGUCGUAUUUGUUGUACAUAGAAUUGUAUAUACUGCGUGUAUUGUUAUAACGACGCUCAUAGCGGUUCGAUGUUGUAUUCCUUCUUUUUCAUGUUUGUAUUCGUUUUCAUCGUUCUGUUCACUUCUUCGAUCCCUCAUCAAGAGUGCCUCAGUGCUAAAAGCGUUUUAUUCGGAAGUUUAAUGUGAAGGACGUUGCACCAGCCAUAUGGACACGACUAUUUCGCACGGUUGUCGUUGGCGCUGAAGCCUCCCGCAGUAACUUAUUGCUGCCUGAGCACUCUAAUUGCGUCAUGGAGUGCUGCUGUAGAUUUUUUGAACUCGGACUCCAACCGCGCCGUGUUUGACUUGUAGACGCGCUCGGACAAUCGACGUUUCGUAGAAACUUUCUGGGCACGCCCGUACGCGCGUCAGUCGUAGCACGAAUGUUUCUUCAUUGUUCGCGGGCUCUUUUCAUAAGGCACAAUGAAAGUACGGUGGCAAAAUGCUGUCAAUUGUGAAUGAUAGCGGUCAUAACACUUAGCGUUUUGCUCAUGUUCAAUAAAAGUUAAUCGCACGA